GUCUGCACUUGCAUGUCGCAUCGAGUCAACAGUCAUUUUUUUCUUCUUCUUAUUAGAACCUUGCUGUUCUCGCCGCCACGAGGACAGUAUUUGUUUUGUGUCUCAUAUAUCACCGUGCCCAACCCCCCAAGCCUCAUCCCUUAUCACCAUCAAACCUUUUCUCCAAAUAAGCUAUUAUACUUUGGGCCUGCAUCCCUGUGAUCCGCCCACGCGUCCAGCACGUAAAUAUCAGUCCGGCCAUAUAUCAACAGCUCAACACCCGCGUCGUCCCCCAACCACGUCGCGCAAGAGAAACGUCUCUCUCCGUCCUGGACAACAACAGCAACAAAGAAUACAGCACACGCACCAGACCAUGUAUUUCGACAUGGACUUCAAGUCAUCACCCAGUCCAUCGGCGUCAUCGCCACCCAUCUCCAUCGGCUGGCCCUCAGCCUCGUCUGCCACCUCUUACUCAUCACGCAGCGCAUCGUCAGCAACAUCAGCAUCACAAAGCAUGACCUGCGCAUAUCCAAGCUGGACUGGCUUCUCACCGUCGGCGACACCGAACGCAUUUAUCAGCGACGAGGAUCUAUUUCCAGACGAGCUCCUCGACGGUGCCAGCCCGCUGCUCUCGGAGGCCCCCGCUCCGCCGAGGGACAUCCCGUUCCCAACUGCGAUGCCCAUGCCGCUUCCACCACUCUAUGCAUCGGAAAAGAAGAAGUCAAAGCGAAGGUCCUCCAAGACCAAGAAGCGACCGUCAAACAAGCUCACUCCCAUCUCGGAAUCGCCCGAGGUGUCCGAGUGAGCUCGCCGGCGACUUCACUUUUUUCUUUUCCACAGGAUAAUGUGUACGUUGGCACCGUGCCCACCACAGGGCUUUUUUUCCCAGCUGCGCGCAUGCCGCUGACAUGGCUU